UUUUUGGGGAGUUUCUCAUUUCCCUGGUGAAAUUUCAGUCUGAUGUUCGAUCACCGGCCGCGCUCCUGGAGAGAGCUGCCGCUGCGUAUGGCCGACUUUGGCGUCCUGCACCGCAACGAGCUGUCGGGAGCCCUCACCGGCCUCACCCGCGUCCGCCGCUUCCAGCAGGACGACGCUCACAUUUUCUGCAGCAUGGAUCAAAUCGAGGAUGAGAUCAAAGGCUGCCUGGAUUUCCUCCGCACCGUGUACGACGUGUUCGGCUUCUCCUUCAAGCUAAACCUGUCCACGAGACCCGAGAAAUUCCUGGGAGAGCCCGCCGUCUGGGAGCAAGCGGAGAAGGUAAUCAAUGCGCCUCCUUGUUUUUCUUGCUUAGCUGAAAAUGUCAACCGCUCGCGCAAAUUCUCGGGGGAGCAAAGAUGGCCGAGCCGUGAUGUUAUCAAGAUAGAAAUUGAAGAGCCUCGUCGCAAAUGGAGCGCGCUUCUCCGAAGACAAAGAACAUCUAUAUUUAAAACAAACGGGCGGCGUUCCGCACGUCUGCCGUCAGCGAAAAAUGUGCUUUGUUCUCCUGAGACUUUUAUCUCGCCACAGAGAUUUUCCAACAUUUAUCAGCUCGCUGUGAGAGAUCAGCGAGAUACGAUUGUACCCCUCGACCAAAUGAAGGAUGACGCUGAAUUAAUCCCUCCAUUUUUGGGAUUCUGUCUCCAUAAAUAAUAGGAAAGUAGUACAAUGAUGCAUUGCGGAUUAUGUUGAAGUGGUGGGAUCGUAAAU